AUGAGUUUCAAGUUUAAGAAAUUAAUGUGGUGGAUGGAAGUGGCUACAAUUGUUGGUACUCUAGUAGCGUUUCUAAUAGUGCCUAUGCGAUCUCUCAGCUCUGAUAACUGGAAAAUAACUGCUGCUCUCAUGGGUAGUUAUAUUGGUGGAUCAUAUAAACAUAUAUUAAUCGCUAAUAUCACUUGGACAAGGAAUAAACUUGGUGACUACAAGUACCCUGUUGUGCCAGGACAUGAGAUUGCAGGCAUUGUGAGCAAUGUUGGUUCCAAUGUCAAACGCUUCAAUGUGGGUGAUCAUGUUGGAGUGGGGACUUAUGUCAACUCAUGCCGCAACUGCGAGUAUUGCGAUGAUGGACUAGAACAUCAGUGCAGUAAGGGAGCAGUUUUUACCUUUAAUGGGAUUGAUUUUGAUGGUACAAUCACAAAGGGAGGAUACUCCAAUUUCAUAGUAGUCCAUAAAAGGUAUUAUUUCAAGAUACCAAAAAGUUAUCCAUUGGCUUCAGCAGCACCUUUGUUGUGUUCCGGAAUCACUGUUUAUUCGCCAAUGAUUCGUUACAAGAUGAAUGAGCAGCCGGAAAAAUCUCUAGGAGUGAUUGGCCUUGGUGGAUUUGGUCAGAUGGCUGUUAAAUUUGGAAAGGCUUUUGGUCUGAAUGUAACAGUUUUCAGCACCAGCAUAUCAAAGAAUGAUGAGGCCCUCAAUUUACUUGGUGCAGAUAACUUUGUGAUUUCAUCUGAUCAUUGCUACAUGCAGGGAUUAACAAAGACAUUAGACUUUAUAAUUGACACAAUAACUAGUGAUCAUCCUUAUGAUCCUUACAUGGCACUUCUGAAAACAUUUGGUAUCUUAGUCACAGUUGGGGUUGGUGAGAUUUUUAUGUAA